AUGCUAACUCAACCACAAAUCGUUGACGGCGUAGAACUCAACCAAAUCCUUACCGGAUUACGUUCUAACAACGAUGAAGAGAGAAACCGUUAUGCCAUUGAACUUCGGAACCAUCUUGAAUCCGUGGCUCGAGACUUAUCAGUGGAACAAUUCAAUCGAUACAUUAACGACAUCAAUAAGACCAUUUUUGAACUUUUACAUUCAGAUAAUUCUGCUAAAUUCGGGGGGAUAGCUGCUAUAGAUGCAUUGAUAGAUUUCAAUUCAGGCAUAGGGGAAGAAAAUGCCACCAAAACCGCCCGAUUCUCCAAUUAUCUUUAUCCUUUAACCUUGUCCAAUGAUUUGACUAUAAUGAAAAGAGCCACCAAAACUCUCGGGAAAUUAGCUAUCCCUGGUGGUACCUUAACUGGAGACUUUGUGGAAUAUGAAGCUAAGAAAGCUAUUGAAUGGUUACAAAACGAAAAUAAACAACAUGAUCAUAGAAGACAUACUGCCAUUCUCAUGUUAAAUUCCUUAGCUGAUAAUUCCCCUAAUUUAUUACACAACUUCGUUAACCAAGUGCUUGAACAAUUAUGGACUCAAUUAACUGACACAAAACUAGUGUUAAGGACCGAUGCGGCAGUAACGUUACAGAAAUGUAUGGAAAUCAUCUAUCAUCGAGAUGUUAAUGCCCGGAAAUUCUGGAUUAAAAGCUUUAUAGAUCUGGCAUCUAAAGUUUUAAACGAUAAUGAUGAUCAUACUGGUGAAGAACAUGUUCAUACCACCACUCCUCAAAGUUUUGAGUCCAUUCAUGGGUCACUUUUGGUGUACAGAGAACUUUUAAAGUAUCAUAAUGAUAGUUAUAUCGUAUCCAAGUUUGAUAAGAUGUAUGAAAAUACCAUGUUAUAUAAGAAUCAUAAGAAAUCCGUCAUUAGACAAGAACUUACCAACAUUUUCCCCUUGAUUUGUAGGGUUAAACCUGAUUUGUUUGUGGAAAAAUACCUUCAUAAGACAUUAUAUUACUAUUUAACUCAACUUAAGAAGUAUAAGAACCAGUAUAAUGAUGUGGUGGCUGCUGAUAAGAGUUAUAUCUUCCAAAGUAUCGGGUUAAUAGCUUUGGAAGUAGGCAAUCAGAUGGCUACAUAUCUUGAUGCUAUCUUGGAUAAUAUAAGAGAAGGUUUAAGUUAUCCUACCAAUUCCAGUGUUCAACUGAUUCUUGCUAAUGCUGUUUCCAGCACUUCAGAUAAUCCCUUCUUGAACGGGAACUCCAACCCCAAUCCAAAUGGUUUGAACCUUCAAACAAGUGUAUCAAUGUCAUCAAAAUAUCGUUCAAGUAGGAAAAGUACCGAACCCGCUAUCUUUGAUUGUAUAGGGAACUUAUCGAUAUCUGUGGGUCCAGCUUUGACCAAACACUUACAACGAGAUAUCUUGGAUAUGAUCUUUAGUAAUUGUUCCCUUUCCAAACACAUGCAAGAUGUCUUACAGACCCUUAUCACCAACAUCCCGGUAUUGUCAGGGAUCAUAAAUGCUAAGUUAUUAAACCUUUCAUCAUUGGUUUUAUCGGGAGUGUUAUUCCAACCUCCAGGGUCACCUUAUGGAACAGUUAAAAUGAAUGAAAGUUAUGCUCGAGAUUAUCGUCUUAUCAUGAUAUCUAGAGAUACCGGGUUAAGCAUCAACAGUAUCUUGAAUAACCAGGAAUUGUAUGAACAACAGGAAAGUAUUUUAUUGGUACAAGCAUUGGAAAUGUUAGUUUUCUUUAAAUUUGAAGGAUACCAAUUGAACGAAUUCGUCAGAUAUUGUUUGAUCACAUAUUUAGACCAUCCUAGUGCCAAAGUUCGUCAAACAGCCGUUAUAGCUUCAUGUGAGAUCUUUAUCAAGGAUCCUAUUUGUGAACAAGUAAGUGUCAAUGCCUUGAAUGCCAUUAAUGAGAUCCUUGACCAAUUGUUAUCUAUUUCCAUCACUGACCCCAAUGCCGAGAUCAGACUUGAAGGGUUGACCAGUCUUAGUAAGAGUAAAUGCUUUGAUCCUCAAUUAUCUCAAGCUAAUAACUUGAAGUUACUUUUCAUAGCUUUGAACGAUGAAGUGUUUGCCAUUAGGAAAGUGGCCAUUUCAUUGUUAGGUCGAUUAUCUUCCAUAAACCCUGCUUACAUAGUACCGUCAUUAAGGAAAACUUUAAUUCAAUUAUUGUCCAGACUUGAUUAUUCCACUGCCAGUAGGAAGAAAGAAGAGAGUGCUAUCUUAUUAUCAUUAUUAAUAGCCAGUUCUAAAGAUUUGACUAAACCUUACGUUAAACCUAUCGUAGAGGCACUUCUCCCUAAAGCUAAAGAUCCUAGAUCAUCCGUGGCUGCUAGUGCUAUCAAAUGUUUGGGUGAAUUGGCUAUUGUUGGUGGUGAAGACUUAAAACCGUUUAUCCCCGAAUUGAUGCCAUUAAUCAUUGAUACUUUCCAGGAUCAAAGUUCUUCUUAUAAAAGAGAUGCUGCCUUGAGAACCCUUGGUCAAUUGGCUAGUUCGUCAGGUUAUGUCAUCCAGCCAUUAUUGGAUUAUCCUCAAUUAUUAGGGAUGUUGGUGAAUAUUUUGAAACUGGAAGCUUCUCCCACCAUCAGACGUGAAACCGUGAGGUUGUUGGGUAUUCUUGGAGCUUUAGAUCCUUAUAAACAUCGUGAAGUUGAACAAAAUUCGAAAUCGAUUUCUUCCGAACAAAAUGCUCCUCCCAUCGACGUAGCUUUAUUGAUGCAAGGGAUGUCUCCAUCUAAUGAUGAAUAUUAUCCCACCGUAGCUAUAACCAAUCUCAUGAAGAUUUUGAAAGAUCCUUCGUUGAAAAUUCAUCAUAGUAAGGUGAUUCAAGCCAUUAUGUAUAUCUUUCAAACCUUAGGACUUCGUUGUGUAUCGUUCCUUCCUCAAAUCAUUCCUGGGAUUAUCAACGUUAUGGAUUCAUGUGAACCAGCUAUGAAGAAAUUCUAUUUCCAACAACUUGGAGCUUUGAUUCUCAUAGUUAAACAACAUAUAAGACCUUUCUUACCGGAGAUUUUCGCCGUGAUCCAGAAAUUCUUCUCCAUCAAUGAUGAAAACAACAUUGCCGUGAUUAUCAUCAAUUUGAUAGAAUCCAUAUCCCGGGCAUUGGACGGAGAGUUCAAAAUGCACUUACCUGAAGUGUUGACGUUACUUUUGAACGUUUUCGAUCAAGACAAAUCGCCUAAAAGGGAAACCACUCUUCAUGUGUUGAAAUCUUUCGUCAUCUUUGGUAGUAAUAUUGAAGAUUAUGUUCAUAUAAUCAUCCCCAGUGUGGUGAAAAUGUUUGAAAGUGGUCCAUUGUUACUUAGAAAAGCUGCCAUUGAAACUAUAGGAAGACUUUCCAAAAACGUCCUUCUUAAUGAUAUGGCUUCUAGAAUCAUUCAUCCAUUGAUCAGAGUAUUGAAAAAUGAUGGUGAUGAACUCAAAGGAGUUAUCUUGAACACCAUGUCAUACCUCCUUCUUCAAUUGGGAUCAGAAUUCACGGUAUUUAUUCCUUCCAUCAAGAAAGUACUUCAUGAAAAGAAAAUCCUGGGAGGGAACUUCGAUCAACUUGUCAGUAAACUCAUGAACGGUGAACCUUUACCUGCCAACCUCAACAUUUAUAAGGAUUAUGAGGUGGUAAUGAGUCAUUUCGAUAUCCCUAACGAUAUUUCCCUUAAGAAAUUGGCGUUCAACCAAGCAACGUUGAAAUCAGUAUGGGAUCCAAGUCAACAUCGAACCAGAGAAGAUUGGUCGGAAUGGAUUUCAAAGUUAAGUAAAGAAUUAUUACGUCAUAGUCCAUCGCAUGCCAUCCGAGCUUGUGCACCUUUGGCCACAGAUUAUUAUCCUUUAGCCAAAGAUUUAUUUAAUGCCAGUUUUGCCAGUUGUUGGAACGAACUUUAUUCCCAGAACCAAGAAGAAUUGGUAGAAUCCUUAUGUAUUGCGUUAUCAUCACCAAAUAAUCCUCCAGAGAUUCAUCAAAUUCUCUUGAAUUUGGCAGAGUUCAUGGAACAUGACGAUAAAUCCUUACCUAUAGCUAUCACCACUUUAGGUCAAUAUGCUCAAAGAUGUCAUGCUUAUGCCAAAUCCUUACAUUAUAAAGAACUUGAAUUCUAUGAAGAACCAACUACUCCUACCAUUGAAUCAUUGAUUACUAUAAACAAUCAAUUACAACAAUCAGAUGCUGCGGUAGGGAUCUUGAAACAUGCUCAACUCCAUCACGACUUACAAUUGAAAGAGACCUGGUUUGAGAAGUUACAACGGUGGGACGAUGCUUUAAGAGCGUAUAAUGAUCGUGAGAAGAAUGAACCCGAUAAUAUGGAAAUCACUAUGGGGAAGAUGAGAUGUCUUCAUGCUUUAGGAGAAUGGGAACAAUUAUCGGAAUUGGCUCAAAGUAAAUGGAAUAAUUCCACCAGUGAUAUCAAACGAGGAAUCUCUCCCUUAGCAGCAGCUGCGGCCUGGGGGUUAGGUCAAUGGGAUAGAAUGGAUGAUUAUAUCCAAGUAAUGAAACUGGAAUCUCCUGAUAGAGCUUUCUUUAACGCUAUCUUGAGUUUACACAGAAAUAACUUUGAAGAUGCUUCUAAUCAUAUUUUGAAAGCUAGAGAUUUGUUAGUAACCGAAAUCACCGCCUUGGUCAGUGAAAGUUAUAACAGAGCUUAUGGAGUGGUGGUGAGAGUUCAAAUGUUGGCCGAACUAGAAGAAAUCAUCAAAUAUAAAUGUUUACCUCAAGGAUCAGAUAAAAGGUCAGUUAUGAGGAAGACUUGGAAUACGAGAUUAUUGGGAUGUCAAAGAAAUGUUGAUAUUUGGCAAAGAAUGUUGAAAGUUAGAGCUUUAGUGAUCAAGCCCAAGCAAGAUAUGGAGAUGUGGAUUAAAUUUGCUAACCUUUGUAGGAAAUCUGGACGGUUAAAUUUAGCAGAGAAAUCCUUAAACUCAUUAUUGGAAGAAGGAUCACCAGAAAACCCUUCAAGAGCUCCUCCACAGGUGGUUUAUGCUCAAUUGAAGUAUAUGUGGGCCAAAGGUCAACAGAGAGAAGCUCUCCAUCAUUUGGUAGAUUUCACUACUAGAAUGUCUCAAGAUCUUGGUCUUAAUCCUAAUGAUUUGAUCACUCAACCUUUACCUUCAGAAGGUCCAGGUAUACCUAAACAUGUGGAAGAUUACACAAAGUUACUUGCUAGAUGUUUCUUGAAACAAGGAGAAUGGCAAAUAGCUUUGAAUAGUAAUUGGAAGAAUGAGACUUCAGAGAUUAUCUUGGGAGCUUACUUGUUGGCCACUCAUUUUGAUGAUAAAUGGUAUAAGGCAUGGCAUAAUUGGGCAUUGGCUAAUUUUGAGGUAGUUUCAUCUUUCACUCAGAGUAAUGGUGGUGUAACCGGAGAUGGUUCUCUUGGUUCAGGGGCUGCCAGUGAACCUGUUGACUCAGGAGCUGGAACUGAUUCAGGAACUUCGGGCUCAGCAGUGGCUGACUCUACAGCAGCUGGCUCAGCAUUAGCUGGACCGGCAUUAGCUUCUGGAUCCAUUGUCUCAGCAACUUCAGGAACUUCCGUUACUCGAAGUGAAGAUUCGGAUAAUCAACUCCAUACAACCAUCCCUAUGGAAGCGGUACAAAGACAUGUGGUACCUUCAAUCAAAGGAUUCUUCCAUUCCAUCGCCCUCUCCAAUUCCAAUUCCCUCCAGGAUACCUUAAGAUUACUCACUCUAUGGUUCAAUUUUGGAGGUAUUCCUGAAGCUGCUCAAGCCAUGACUGAAGGAUUCAAUAUGAUCAAGAUCGAUAAUUGGCUAGAAGUCAUCCCUCAAUUGAUUUCUCGUAUCCAUCAACCUAAUCAAGUGGUUAGUAGGUCAUUGUUUGGAUUAUUGAGUGAUUUAGGUAAAGCUCAUCCCCAAGCUUUGGUUUAUCCAUUAGCUGUGGCAGUAAAAUCCGAAAGUAUCAGUAGGAAGAAAGCUGCUUUGUCGAUUAUUGAGAAGUUACGCAUGCAUUCACCAGUAUUGGUGGAACAAUCAGAACUUGUUAGUUCGGAAUUGAUCCGUAUCGCGGUAUUAUGGCACGAACAAUGGUAUGAAGGUCUUGAAGAUGCUUCCAGAUUAUUCUUUGGUGAACAUAAUACCGAUAAGAUGUUUGAAGUUCUUGAACCUCUUCAUAUUAUGUUACAAAAAGGACCUGAAACCAUGAGAGAAUCAUCAUUUGCCAAUGCUUUUGGUAGAGAAUUGGCCGAUGCUUAUGAAUGGGUGAUUAAUUAUCGUCGUACUAAGGAUAUCACCAAUUUGAACCAAGCUUGGGAUAUCUAUUAUAACGUUUUCCGUCGUAUUAGUAGACAAUUACCUCAAUUAUCAUCAUUAGAACUUCAAUAUGUAUCGCCUAAAUUGGAAGUAGCCAUUGAUUUGGAAUUAGCUGUCCCUGGUACAGCAGAGGCCGGUAAACCAGUAGUAAAAAUUGCUAAAAUAGACCCCACCAUCGCCAUUAUCUCCUCCAAACAAAGACCAAGGAAAUUACUUAUCCGUGGAAGUGAUGGUAAGGACUAUUACUUCCUUUUGAAAGGUCAUGAAGAUAUUAGGCAAGAUAAUCUUGUUAUGCAAUUGUUUGGAUUGGUUAAUACGUUAUUGGUCAAUGAUCCUGAAUGUUUCAAACGUCAUUUGGAUAUUCAACGAUACUCCUGUAUCCCAUUAUCACCAAAAGUCGGUCUUUUGGGUUGGGUGCCUAACAGUGAUACUUUCCAUGUAUUAAUCAGAGAAUAUAGGGAAUCAAGAAAGAUCUUAUUGAACAUUGAACACAGAAUAAUGUUACAAAUGGCUCCUGAUUAUGAUAGUUUGACAUUAUUACAGAAGGUGGAAGUAUUUACUGGAGCUCUUGAUAAUACCCGAGGUCAAGAUUUAUAUAAGGUAUUAUGGUUGAAAUCCAAAUCCUCCGAAGCUUGGUUGGAUCGUCGUACUACUUAUACCAGAUCAUUGGCGGUGAUGUCGAUGGUAGGAUAUAUUCUUGGUUUAGGAGAUCGUCAUCCUUCUAAUUUGAUGUUGAACAGAAAUACCGGGAAAGUGGUUCAUAUUGAUUUCGGUGAUUGUUUCGAAGCCGCCAUCUUAAGAGAGAAAUACCCUGAAAAGGUACCGUUCAGAUUAACCAGAAUGUUAAACUAUGCUAUGGAAGUUAGUGGUAUUGAAGGAUCUUUCAGAAUUACUUGUGAACAUGUAAUGAGAGUAUUAAGAGAUAACAAAGAAUCUUUGAUGGCUAUCUUAGAAGCUUUUGCUUAUGAUCCUUUGAUCAAUUGGGGGUUCGAUUUCCCUACUAAAGCGGUGGCUGAAGCUACUGGUAUUAGAGUUAAUCAAGUUAAUGUCGCCGAAUUACUCCGUAAUGGUCAAAUCAAUGAAGAAGAAGCGGUGAAACUUAAUAAGAGAAAUGAAUUAGAAAUAAGAAAUGCUAGAGCUGCUUUGGUGUUGAAGAGAAUCACCGAUAAGUUAACAGGUAAUGAUAUCCGUCGUUUGAAAGGAUUGAAUGUUCCUACUCAAGUAGAUAAACUUAUUCAACAAGCUACCAGUGUAGAAAAUUUAUGUCAACAUUUCAUCGGUUGGUGUUCGUUCUGGUAG